GUCACCAGUGUCACACAUUGACUGACAGAAGCGGCAGCAUAAUUUUUGUUUAUAAUUCAAGUUCGUAUGAUAAUUGUACCGAAACGUUUUCUGAAAUUUACACAAUGGAUCCGUUACGUCCAAAAACUGUGCCACUCUCUGCCGAAACGAUAUUAUGGUUUGAAUUUCUGUUGGAUCCAUCAUUGCUGACCGUUCAUUUAAGCAAAGAGAAUACAUUGCCAACGCCAGUCGAGCUGAUAUCACAAUUUCUGUCCAUCGCACCGGAAAAUCAAUCCAACGCAAUCGAUAUCACAAGUCCCGACAUUGAAUCGGCGCUGAAUAAAAAUGAAGGACUGAAAAUCGGACAUAAACAACUGGCGUUGAAAAUACUCGGAUUGAAGGUGGCUUCACAUUUGAAGUGGAAUUUGGAAAUUCUGGAAAAGAGUCUGCCCUUACAGAAACAAGUGCAACUGUUGAGUGACUUAUGUAGCGUAACAUCUGGGAAAUUUGUUAGCCUUCCACUGUCAUUGGUCCACGAAUGCCAUCUGGGACCAGAAGGCUCGGAGAGAGCGUUCAACUUUGCAUUGACAAUGUACCAUCGUUGGGUACUGCGCGCUCAAGUGCUCAAGGAACUUCCGGCCAGGAUAGUGAAACCAGGUUUCGGCCAUGUUCUAGGCGGACAGGAACAGGCAACAUUUCGAGACGAUAUGUUCGUUGAAUCGUUGAAACCAUUUACUCAGACGAGCAUCGAUUUUCUAACCAAAAUUUGUGACAACGACGACUUCAUAGCCCUCACCUACGAUUCGUUUGUUGCGUUGACAUCCAACUCGGAACGCACAAGCCAGAAUUUCGAUCAGGCCAUUGUAUUGAGUAAAACGGAGCUGAGGGCGCAGAUUUGCUUCGAUUUAUGCACAUUUUAUUUGCACAUAAAAAAAUAUGAUUUGGCGCGGAUCAAUGCUAUCGCAUGCCGUAACAACUUAUCGGAAUUGAAGGAACAGUACAAGACCACUGGGAAAAGUGAAUUUGCCUUUUGUACGUUAAAUGAAGACGAAUUGUAUGGAUAUAUGUUAGCUUGUGGUGUUGGCGAUCAAAAGUUGGGAUUAUUGCAUCGUCUGAAUGAGUCGAUGCUGCAUCAUUACAAGGACAUAACCGAUAUUCUUAAAGCUGACAAUUUGAACAAUGAAAUCCCGUUAGUUAACCGUCGAAUUCUUGAAUUGGAUAUUGAAGGCAGUGUGUCCAGCAGGGUAUUACAACUACCGAAAGAUCUGUUGAUACAAGUGGCCGCUCUUAACACCAUCAAAACCAUUCUCGACGAACGGAAUCUGUUUUCCUACAAUGAUUACCUGCAAAAAUACAGAAAGCAAAAUGGGCUCGCUGUACUUGUCGACGAAGUUGCGGAUAUGCUAACGUUGCCGGUGCCGUUAGAAUCUCACAAUAAAUUCAAAAACUAUUUCCUGAACAUGAUGCUAUCGUCGGACGCCGAUGUCGAUACGAUUCGGAAGACAAAUCUCUUUUCGAACGAAGAACUGCAGGACAUCAAGAAGCAACGCAGUGGCGGAGAUAUGGUCCUGCCACCGGUAGCAGCAAUGACCGACUGGAAAAUUGGCGAUUUGAAAAAUUCGAGACUGGAAGUGGGUGCCAUGAAGCGACAACUCAUUUCUUGCACAAAUGCGAAUGUCGUUCGAAAACUUCUGGUCAAAUUAAUAGGAACAAAUCCGGUGAAACCACUGUGGACAAUCAACCCGAGCUGGUCCGUUCCGAUUCCACUAGAUUCCGUGAUAAAAUCUAUGCCACGCUGUUUUAUACAAGACUUUGCAUUUAUAUUGGUGGGAAAAGCGAGAGAGUUAGCAGCAAAAAGUGAUUUCAAGACAGCUCUGUCAAUGCUGGCCGCAUUAAAAAGUGAAACACAACGUCCAGAUGUCCAAAACAUACCAGCCGCUACUCCAUUGAGUAAACUCAUCGAAUGGGAAAUUCUAUUUAUUCAGGUCUACCACACUCUGGAGGAUUGGCCGAAACCCCGGUACGACAAUCAAUUGUUAAUCGCCAAAUGCAAACAAUGUUUGAUGACGCUACAGAAUGGUGACUCGGUGCUGCCACGCAUCGAAAUAUUCGAUUAUUGUGCAGCGAUGUUGUUGAAUUUGAACGAGUGGAAUGCACUCGUGACGGCUGAUAAACGAUUUGCGUCGUUGGAACUGUGCUCGACGUUUGCCGGUGCUUUUAUGGAAUCGGACAGUUUCAAGGGGAAGAAAAUCGGUCGUGAUGCGUUCGAUUUGGUGUUGCCCAUGUUUAUGGUGGUCAAUAAACGUGGUGGACAGGGACAAAACAAUCGGGAUUCACCGAAAUUAGCGGCUACCACUAAUUUAAUGCCUUUUCUGAAAAAACUUCGCAAUGUGUCCAUUAUAUCCAUCGUUUUGUCGCUUCUGGCUAAACUGUUCAACAUAUUGAAGGACGAUUCGAACAUGGAAAUCGUCACCGACUACUUAUCAAUUUGGCCGACCAGCAUCAGCAAUGCAUCGGUUUACAGUAUUCGAUCGGUUUCGGAGACGCUUUCGAGUCUCGUGAAACAGGGCCUCAAAUAUUAUCCACAAUAUUUUCCUUGGCUGCGAUUGAAUGGUGAAAUUGAAUUCGCUAACGAAAAUAACGAAGCGGCAAUGGCAUGUUACACAAAUGUUCUAAUCACGGGAUCGGAGUACUGCACCUUACCUUUACAGAGACCCGUAAUUGACGAUCAUAUCGUAAAACGAAUGAUAAAAUGUUGCUUAAACCUAGGAUGCAAUAUGCAGGCCGCUAUCCUUUGUCAGUUCCUGGAAGACGUGGACUAUGUGCUGGCAUUUAAAAGUCUGUCAGAGAAAUCGAAUCGUGCCGUGAGUUUCUCUGAUGCAAUGGACGCGUAUUACGAUUGUAUCUGGGACCCGACGCUGCUUGAGUUCAUAAUACAUCAGCACAGUCGAAAGGGAGAGCAUAAGCGGAAACAACAGGCGAUUGCUGUUAUGGGGCAAUUGGAGUUGAACGCCAACAAUAAUGACGAAAUCAAGCGAGAGGCAGCAUCGAUACGUCGAACCCGAUUUUUGAGAGCUUUGGCUAAGCAGUACAUGCUGUAAGGUUGAUGUGAAGAACAAUUCUUUGUUAAACAA